UGCGCCCGUGUAGUUAAGACUGACAGGAAACACAUUGAGCUUUAGGUAGCUGGAAGCUUUAAGUGGUUUGCUUUUACGUAUUUUUCCAAAGCUGUCCAUCAUAGUGCGCAAUUGCGCAGCAAGGAACCCUUGAGCUGUGAUACCAGUGUCAUGACCAGGGGGAAAAAAACUACCGCAGCGCCUCAAGAAAACAAGCCUGCUGUGACACCAUUCCAGGAAACUGACUUCCAGAUUCCCUCACGUAAUCAGAACAACGAUCUGUAAUUAAUCAACGGUCAAACCUUCUACGCUUUUUGGAGGAUCGAUUCGUUUGUUGGGAUUUGGAUCCUGGAGGGGGGUAAGCAUGAUUUGGACUCAAAACUCGUUGUGACUGCAACUCACGAUGGCAGUUUGCAACAGAACUGUGGAUGCUGUAUCUACAAGUCUGGAUAUUUAACAAGGGACAUCAUGGACGCAGCGGACAUAGUUGCUUCUGCGUUGAUUUUGGGUAUUAUUGUUGUAUCGCUGCUGUCCAACGUCGUAGUGCUGAUCUGCUUUAUGUACAACCCGGAGAUCCGCAAACAGGUACCCGGUCUUUUUAUUCUAAACUUGACGUUUUGCAACUUGUUGCUAAGCGUAUCCAACAUGCCACUAACUUUGGCCGGGCUUAUCACCAACGGGCAUCCUGGAGGCAGCGUUCUCUGUCAAAUUGUGGGUUUCCUUGACACUUUUCUCACCACAAAUUCCAUGCUAAGCAUGGCAGCUCUCAGCAUCGAUAGAUGGGUGGCGGUUGUCUUCCCGCUGAGCUACCACUCAAGAAUACGGCACCGGGAUGCGGUGUUGGCGCUUGGAUACACGUGGAUACACUCACUUUGCUUUUCCACUGUGGCCACCUGGCGCUCCUGGGUCGGCUAUCAUCACCUAUACGCAUCCUGCACUGUUUGCAACGUAAGGGCAAAGGGAGCUGGGACGCAGUUCAUCGUUUUCACCGUGGCUUUGCAUUCUCUCACAUUCCUCCUCACACUGGUUGUGAUGUGUGUAACGUACCUAAAAGUGCUCAAAGUUGCCAGGUUUCACUGUAAACGCAUCGACGUGAUCACAAUGCAAACACUGGUGCUCCUUGUGGAUAUUCAUCCCAGUGUACGCCAGAAAUGUUUGGAUGAGCAGAAGCGGAGGAGGCAGAGGGCCACCAAGAAGAUCAGUACAUUCAUCGGCACAUUUCUGGUGUGUUUCACACCUUAUGUCAUCACUAGAAUUGUAGAGCUCUUCUCUCCAGGGCCAAUAAGCCCUCACUGGUGUGUCCUAUCCAAAUGUUUGGCAUACAGCAAGGCAGCAAGCGACCCGUUUGUCUACUCUCUGCUGCGUCACCAGUACAGGAAGACCUGCAGCCUUCUGGCCAACAAAGUCCUCAAGAGGAGUCCACUCAACUCUUCUUCUCUUAGGACAGAGAGCAAUGCAAGGGUGUGUGCAAACAACUCUAACGCAACCAACAGCACUAAACCACCAACUGACAAAUAGCUCGGGCAAUAAAGUCUGUCAGGUUCAAAGAACAUUAGGGCAUUUUAGACGUCUUGGGUGUGACAUCUUACUCUGAGGUUCAUGAAAAGGUCAAAAACAACUAUGUGUUAAUGUGUUUCUUCAUAGUGUCUAAUAUUGCAAGGCUUUCUGAUACACUUAGCUGAAUACUCAACUGCUCCUGCCAAGGGCAUAACAUCUGAAAAUAGGUCACAAAUAAACACUUUGCAUUGUAAAGGCUGAAUAAUCUCCUCAAACAGCUGCUUUAUGCAGUAUUUUUCAAAUGUGCCUAAAUGAAGAAGCACAUUUAAGGAUGACUACUUUCAGUAGCAAGAAAUAAACCCACAAUGCUUGUGCUCAUGGUAAUGAUGGAGUAUGGCUACAUCACAUAUCAUGAUUUUUGAUACUUGUUGUUGAUCAGUUGAUUGAAAAAUAUACUAUAUCAGUAGCCUUAUCCUUGAAAGAAGAGUAGAACAGCUACAUUUGCAGGUUGUGUGUACAGAUCUUAAUGGCAUUAAUGUAUGAUGGUUUUGUAGCAUACUUCUAAAUCUUUGACAAAUUGACUGUCUAGUAUAAAAUGCAGCAGUUAUCAGUUUGUUAAUUUUGGUAUUAAAGGCACAAACUGCAGGGCGCAUUUGUCACCGAAUCGCCAAAAGGUCAGAACACAAAAGUUAACUGUCAGAUGUAUUUUUAUACCUCAAGCUGGUAUAUUUAUAAUAAUAUGAUUAAAAAAAAAAAAAAAACGGAUUAGUCCUUUUAAAUGUAAAAUGUGCCACACUGCACCCAAAAUGGGAUGGCUGCUUUCUCUGAUCAAAGUUAAAGUAUAAUAUCUGACCUCAGUGACAUUUAUUGAGCUGGGGAACAUACUGUACAUGUUCGUGAAGUUAUUUAAAACAGAUUAUCAUUUUGAUUUGAGUGCACCGCUGGUAUCGCGCAUCACACUGAUGGUUUUUAUUUAAAUUGCUGUACUGUAUAUUGUAACUGUGAGGUCUAAGUUAUUAAGUGCCUUUUAGACUAUGAACUCUGGUUCAUAAAACUGCUCCUUCUAUCAUAUUCACAGUAUUUUGUGCAAUGGAAAAAUGUGAAGAUAAAACAAAUUUGUUUUCAGUGUCAUAUUUUGUAAUGCCAACUUGUUGUUUUGUUUAAUCAGACCCAAAUGGGUGAAAUAUUAUUUGAAUGUGGUAGCAACUAUUCAGUAAUGUGUAAUUAACAUUCCAGCUCAUGUCAUAUGAGGGGUGGUGUAACAUCCGCCUUGUAAAAAUUUGUCAUUUUGACAACACUGGGAAACCAGGAGGUUGUGAUUAAACUUUACUGUGACAGUAUGAAACCUUUAAAAGGCAGAAAAUCUAUUUAUUUUUGUCUAAAUGUGUCUGAUUUAAUACAUUUGUGAUGAAA